GCCGCGUGUGCAUAUGCCCUCCCCGCCUCUCUCCAGCUGAUGCCCGCGCCCUGUCAAUCUAUACCCCAGCAGAGAGAGAACGGGGGAAACCGAAACAGAGCGGGUCCGCGGGAGGAAGAGGCGAAUGAAAACAUCCAUGGGUGGCUGUGUGGGCAGUCAUCAUGAUUCUUCAGGCAGUUUAAACGAAAACUCAGACGGAACCGGAGUUGCUCUGGGGCGAAACCAGCCCCUGAAGAAAGAGAAGCCCAAAUGGAAGAGUGAUUACCCAAUGACCGAUGGGCAGCUACGCAGCAAGCGUGAUGAAUUCUGGGAUACAGCACCAGCUUUUGAAGGCCGCAAAGAAAUUUGGGAUGCACUUAAGGCAGCUACACAGGCCUUUGAAAGCAAUGACCAUGAGCUUGCACAAGCCAUAAUUGAUGGUGCCAGCAUAACAUUGCCACAUGGUGUUCUGACUGAAUGCUAUGAUGAGCUGGGGAAUCGCUACCAGCUGCCUGUCUACUGCCUUUCACCCCCUGUCAACAUGAUCGAGGAAAAGAGCGAGUCAGAGACCAUUGAGGUCCCAGAAGCUCCAGUUAACGAAGGCCAGGAGUGUCAGUUACGUCUGCGUCUCUCCACAGGACGAGAUCUACGCCUGGCCGUCCGCACCAGCGACAAUGUCCAGCAGAUGAAGUGCCGUCUGCAAACCCAGGAGGGUGUAGUGGCCACCAGCCAGCGCUGGUUUUUCUCAGGCCGACCACUCACAGACAAGAUGAAGCUGGAAGAACUGAAGAUAUCCAGAGACUAUGUCGUGCAGGUGAUCGUCAGCCAGCCUCCCAUAACCCCCCCACUGCCACAGAACCCCACUCCUGUGGAAAACUAAUGACUCGUUGGGAUAUUAACCACCACACCAAGUGUGUGUAUGUGAGAGGACAUCAGUGUGCAUAGGCCACAAGAUUUUUCAGAAGAUUUCUCUAUUUUUGGAUUGGCCAUUCAAGUCUAGAGUGAACCUCUAGAGGCUUUUCCCUUCAAACACUCACUGCCUUUGAUUUAUAGAUUUUCUAAGGGAGUUGAGACUCAGAUUUUCUGUAUAAAAACCUCUGGUCUAGAACACUGGAGUCCUGAAUUGAUCAGAGAGGUCCACAAAGUAUGGUUUUGGCAAAGGAAACUUUAUAAUGGUUUCUUAUUUUGAAGAUUAUGAAGUUACAAGCUUCAUAUUCUUUUCUUCAUUUUUCUUGUGACGAGAUCAUAUGUCUGCAAGGCAGACCAGGUUAGAACUUGAAUUAUAAAACAGUGACAAUUGGGGCCAAAAGUAUAUUUUAAACUGCUAUUGGCUUUCAGGUACAGGAGAAUAACUUGUUGGACUGUAUUCUUAUUUUUAAUUUUAUUAGAAACUCUGUAACCAAAAAUAUAUAAAGAUUUUUUUUAAAGAGAAGAUGUAACAUGUCACAAAAACAUUGUCGGUUUUGGUUUGUCCAGUUGUCCAUCAUCUUUAAUCUUGUGUUGUUGUUUUUUUCCUUUUUUCCAGAUAAAUUUUUGAUUACAUAAAUUCUCUGAACAGCAUUCAUUCUACUCUUUCAUUUCAAAAGAGGGAAAAUUCAUUAUGUAUGUAAUGUAUGACAAGUAGACAUUUGCCUUUGCCACAGACAUUUAAAUGUGCUUUUAGUGGAGUUGGUAGUUGUCACAUUUGGCAGGUAGAUUUCAGCUUAGAAAGUUAUUCCAAUUAAUUUCCUCCAACAAUCAAAUUCGAUUUUCUCAAUCCCUGAAAGACUAUCUGCUGAAAAGGGAAAAAUUGGAAUUUGGCAAAACUAUGCAUUGUUCCACACAUCCUGAGGAUAUAUAAGGGUAAGAAGGGAGUCAUCAUGUAAUAACUGUGUGUAUACAUGUGAAUGGGGAAGCUACUGUCUCAGUAAGCAAUAUAACGGAGGAAGAAGUAGUUAAUAAAAUAGUAAGUAAAUAGUGAAUAAAUACACACAUAUAAAAACAGUAAAAUAUAAUUUUCUAAAAGGAACCAGACUCAACCCCAUUAGUGCUAUAGUAUCAAAUAAAUGGAUUCAGGGCUUUGUCCUAUUAAACUGAGAGUUGAAAAUAGAGAAAAAAAUGCUUAUUUUAUUGAUAGAGAAUGUGUUUUUAUAAGGUUAAUGAAAUAUUUGCACACUUUAGUAUAUCUGUCUGAUUUUAUUGCAGUAUUGUUUAUUAACAAAAUAUAAAAUAUCAAAAGUUUUAUUAAAGUAGUUUAUUUUCCUUAUUUUCUAAAAAUUAUUUGUUAUUUAUAUAUGUUUUAUAUGUUUUUUUUUAAUAAUAUUUGUUUCAUAUUUAUAUUAAGUAAUUAUUGGUAAUAAUACAAAAUAAGUCACAUCACUUUUGUGUAAACCUCAGGUCUAACUCACAAGUUAAAUAUAUGCUGAAUAUGCACAAGAUACACAUGAAUAAAUGUUAUAUAGGUAUAUUAACCAGUGUUUUAAGAAACUGUGGUUAGUCUUUACUUAUUACUUAUUACUAUGUCUUACUGUUAGUAGAAUGUCUUAAAUAGACUACCAAAAUAAAUAAAGUUUUACUGAAAAUGGAUACAUUUAUGAUAUGUAAUGGUCAGAUAAACUAUUAGGAUGUCACCUUUCAAGCAUGGUCUCCAAACACAGCUUGAUUCUAGAGAAUCACUUAACUAUUUAACUUCUAGCUUCUUUCCUUCUUUAAAGGAAAUGGUAUCUGCAAGUAAUUCCAGUCAGGAUUUAUAAAUAGCCAUAUAUAACCUACUGUAAUCAACAAGAAUACUGCUUAUGUUUGGUGCUUAUUAUUGUAAUGCAUUACUGGGUGUUUCCAUGCAGGCUUGAUAAAAAUACUCCAGCUGGUCCAAAAUGGGUACACUUUGUUUUGUUUUUUUUAAUAAUAUAUGCAGUGACUGACUUUAACUAAAUGGAUACUUGCUAUGAGUACUUGUGACCAUUCUGGAUAAUUUGUGAAAAUCUUUAUGUUCAUAUUGAACAGUUUACUCUUUGUGUUUAUUUAGCACCAUGUUUGUCUCGCUAUCUAUUUUAAAGCUAGUUAGUCCUAUUUAUUCAUGUCAUGAAAGUACAUGUGGCUUUAGUUUAGUGGCUUUGUCAUGUUAUGCAUUUUCAUUGAUGUAUGGUCAUCAGUUUUGGUUUGUGGUGAAACACUAUGAUGAUAAAGGUGUGCACUUUCUCAUGUUAUGCUAUUUUUCCCUAGAAUGUGUAUGUCAUACCAGGACAGUGACUAUGGUGUAAUGCACAAAUGUCACUACCACCUCCUAAAUAUCUGGAUUUUGCAAUCAUGAUUAAAUUAACACACACACACAUUCGCAUUUGGCAGCAGUGACCUAAUUUACAUUCAAAGUAAGCUUCCCCAGAAAGAGCAUGUGAUAUCUUCAGUUAUAUAAGUAUGUGUGUUAGAUCAGUAAGAUUUUUAGUUUUUUAAGAGUCUGUAUUUAUUUGUAAAACAGUAAUUUUAUGAAACAUUAUUGCAAUUUAAAAUGACCGUUUUCUGAUAUGAUAUACUUUAACUCAGGCUACAUUUUCUUUAGCCAUUACUCCAGUUUUCAGUGUCACACGAUCCUUUAUAAAUGUAAUAUGCUGAUUUACAUUAAUACACUGAA